AUGCCGCCAUUGAAAUCGCCUGAGAUUCUGGAGGGAGCGCCAUUUGUUCGGCACGGGCUGCGCAGCGCAGGGGACUUGCCCAUAUGGCCUUCCAAGGUGGAUCGACAAGAGCAGCUCCGCACAUUCUUCGAUGCAGGCCAAGUGGGCCAAGUGGGCAACGACAUGGGCGAGGCGGCGAUGUCAGGCGCCGAAGCAGCAGCUCCGAUGGUGGGCGACGCGGCGCAGGCCGGUGCCUCGGCGGCCAUGAGUGGAGCCCAGGCUGCUGCACCUAUGUUGCAGGAUGCUGCCUCGAGUGCAGCCAACGCGGUGAUGAGUGGUGCUCAGUCUGCCGCACCUGCGGUGGGGGAUGCAGCAACCGCCUUGGCCAGUAAUUUGGGAGAUGCUGCUUCCAACAUAGGUGAUGACAACGGCUGCUUUCCAGCUUCAGCCUUGGUCAUGGGCCGCCACGGCCCAAUUCGCAUGGAGGAUUUGAGGCUUGGAGACGAGUUGGAAUGUGCACAGGGAGAUUUCUCCCCCGUCAUUGCUAUGUUACAUCGAUCUCCAGGUACAAAGAUGACCUACCUCAGGAUCCAGCAUGACCGUGGCAGCCUGGCUGUCUCUUCAAAUCAUUUGCUCUACCUGUGCCAGCCAGGGGCUGAUGGGAGCUGGCGAUGGGCACCUGCAGCAGAUGUCAGGCCGGGCGAUCUGUUGCAGCAUGCGGCAGAGGUUGCUGUGGUGCUCAGUGUUUCUGUGGAAGUGGAGUCAGGCGUUUUCGCACCGCUGACUCUCUGCAGCACUUUGCUGGUGGAUGGAGUUCUCUGCUCUUGCUUUGCACCUCCAGAGGAGUUGGGUCUCUCCCACUCGUUGUGCCACCGCGCUCUGGCGCCCUUGCGCUUCUGGUAUUAUGCUCGAAGAAACCUCGAAGCCUCCACGACGGUGCGCAUGGGCGAAAACUGUCAGCCCAUUCUUACGCUGGACGCCUGUUGGCUCCCGCUCCCAGCACUGCGCGAUGGAUCGAAACUUGCCACCUCUGGGUUCCAUUGGGUUCCAUCGUUGUUUAUCCCCUCCAUCGAUCGCCGGCAGCAUCUUCCUACGGUGGCCUACUGUCGACAUCAACUCUUCAACCUUCUGCUAGAGCUUCGUGAACAAGUUCUUCAGGAACUGGAAAGGGGUACCCGCACCCAAUUCAUCAGCUUUCAUUGGGGCUUGGGACAGGCCUUCCAGCGCGGCAAGGAUGCAGCCCAACUGGAUGCCCUGGAGAUGUGUCGUUCGGGCCUGACGCAGGUGAGCGCCCAGCUGUUGUCCAAGUUCCAAAGCGAACUUCAGCAGUUGGGAAGCGCUUUGGAACACCAGGUGCUGAUGGCCAUUGAAUCACAGCUACAGAUGCUUGGCCAGUACCAGGAAGCACCUGGAGGUGAGAUUGGACGUGGCCGCAGCGAGAGCCCGAAGCAAAGCUACUUUGCAGGUCUGGCCUAUGACUGCGGGCAGAUCGAGGCCAAUCGGAAGCUGGUGAAGCGUCGCGAGGAACAGAUCAACCAGAUGCUGGUGGUGCUGGAAAAGCUCGAACAGAGCAGUACGACGGUGGAAAAUUACACCCGGGCAUUGGAGGGGAACGUGGAACGAACUGCCGAUUCCUAUGUCCGGACCACUCUGGCGAAGGAAGGGGACCCGGUGGUGAGUCCCAGAACCCCCCGCAGUCAGAAGCUCGAACGCUCGGAGUCUCAGCAGUUCAUGAAGAAGUCAGACAUCAUGGCUCUGCAACAGCAGUUGGCGCAUGAAACUGAGCACGAUGUGGAUGAACUCUACAAGGAGAUUGAAACCUCCAGAAAGCUUGCGAGCAACAACUUUCGCGCCAUGAUCAAGGAGGUUAGCCGCAUCCAACAAGCUUUGAACCUGGACUUUGUGGUCGCCUCUGAUUCUGAUGAGUCGGAAAAUUCCAGUGGACUAGGCAUGUCACGUCGGCCUUCCAUUUCGCUUUCCGUCAGAGCAGCUCCAUCAAGUCCCGAGCGUUCCGGGACCCCAAGCGCCCUGGCCGUGGCACUGGACGUCCCCGUCGCGGCAGCGCCAGCGCCGGCCGCGCCGGCCGCGGAGGCCGCGGAGGCCCCGGUGACCACGGUGACCACGGUGGCAGAGGAGUCCAGGGGGUCCAGAGAGGUCGAGUUCAGGCCUCGUUUGGCCACGCCAGAAUUGAGUCGCGAGGACUCCAAACCUCGCCGCAGCACCUCCAAGCCCUCCUCGCGUGCGCGGUCGCCCUCCGCGGGAGAGCGUGGCGAGGAUGGAGACGUCGCCAACUUUCGGGCCGUGACGGCGCCCCUCUCCAUGGUGCCGGUGCCGGCCAAGCGCUUCAAGCGCGUGCGGGAGUUCUGGACACAGACGCAGAGGGACUUGGAGGAGCGAGGAGCUCAAACCGAUCCCAUGAGGAUUCAAAAGCAGAAAACCGAGAAGAGUGCUGCUUUCACCAGUUUCUUUAACAAGAAGGAGAAGUCGCAGCAUCAAAAUACCCGUGGGGUCUCGAUGAACGACUUGGACGCCAUGAAAGCGCGGGCACGAAAAGCGGUGAUGCGGCCGCAGUAUGACGUGACCAACUGCUACAAGAACGAGGGCUGUUUCCAAGCCAUAGCCAGGUCCAGCGUUUUCGAUCAGCUCACUGUCUUGGUGGUCUGCGUCAACGCCGUUUGGAUCGCUGUUGACACCGAUAGUAACACCGCAUUGUUCCUCUAUGAGGCCGAUCCCAUCUUUCAAAUCGUCGAAAACGUGUUCUGCACGUAUUUCUUCCUGGAAAUUUGCAUUCGCUUUGGCGCCUUUGAAAAGAAGUGUAACGCCUUGAUGGACAAGUGGUUCAUGUUUGAUGCUAUCUUGGUGCUAAAUAUGGUCGUUGAGACCUGGUUGCUGCCACUCAUGUUUGUGGCCAUGGGGAGCGAGGACUUUGGAAACACCAUUGACGUGUCCAUGCUGCGCAUGUUGCGCCUCGUGAAACUCACCCGUUUGUCGCGCAUCUCGCGGCUGCUGCGUUCUGUCCCCGAGCUGGCCAUCAUCGUGAAGGCGAUCGGUUUAUCUGCUCGCUCGGUGUGCGUGUUCUUUGCGCUUUGGUUGGUCUUGAUCUAUGUCUUCGCCAUCACCUUGAGGCAGCUCACUUCUGGGACCGAGUUUGGAGAGACCUAUUUCCAAUCCGUACCUCAAGCGAUGGACACGUUGCUCUUGGAUGGCAUUUUGGCGGACUAUGCUCCGCUGAUGCACGCCAUCCCUGCGGGGCAUUUCAUCGAGUGGGGUCUUAUUCUGUUCUUCAUUCUGCUGGCAUCAAUCACCAUUAUGUAUAUGCUUGUGGGGGUCCUGGUAGAGGUGGUCGGUGUUUUGGCCCAUGCCGAGAAAGAGAACAUCACUGUGUCCUUCAUCGCGUCUUCCCUGAGGAAAAAGAUGCAGCAACAAGGGCACGACCAGGACUCUGAGCUCAGUAGAACUGAACUGCAAGAUAUCCUGCUAGAUCCAGAGAUUACAGAGGUACUCCAGUCCGUGCAAGUUGAUUUGGUUGCAUUGAUGGAGUUGGUGAACAUUGCCUAUGAAGACGCGGAGAAGAACGGCGGUUCCAUGACUUUUGAGAAGUGCAUCUUAGUGCUAUUUGGAUGCAUCAUUUCCCAGGUCUUGAACGGCCGAGGGCAAAACACCGCCUCCGUGAAGGAUACCUCUGAACUCCUCAGGUUGCUGGACCCACGACUCCCAGACACUGCGGACUUGGAAUCGGUGGCCAUUCCACGGCCCCUGAAGGUGGUCAUCAGUUCCAUCGCAGACGUGAGGAGAUACCCAAGGCUUCCAUUUCACUUUUCGGAUGAGCUCCUCAAACGUGCCAAGAAAGAAGAAAAAGAACCUGUGGAUGUCGCUUCAGAUCAUCGCCCCUUGCCCUCCGUGGCGGAACUCAUCAGUGCUUUGGCACCUGCCUGGUAUCAAGACGAAGGAACCACCAUGAUGGUCAAGAACAUUCCAAACCGCUAUACAACGGAGCAGAUUCUAGAAGAGUUGCAUGCGAGAGGCUUCUCUGGAAGCUUUGAUUUCCUGUAUCUUCCGAUGGAUUUUGAGUCCAAAAGGAACAAGGGCUACUUCUUCUUGAACCUUCGCACCCACCAGUUGGCUCAAAUCUUCACCGAUGUCUUCUCCAGACACUGCUUCAACAGGCAUAGAUCCAACAAGGUGCCAGAGGUUGCACUUGCAACAGUGCAGGGCUUCGAAAAGAACGUCUGGAAGUACCUACAGCAGAGUGGCGAGCGCGUCGACAAUCCGUGGUUCAAGCAACUGCUCUUUCGGCCCCACGAACUUCGGUUGCAAUUGGAGAACGAUUUCUGCAGGAUCAGAAGCCCGGAGACGAUUCCCGGCAUUUGGACUUGCGUUACUUUUAGCGUGGACGCGCUCCCCGAGCCGCUGCGUUCCCGCGCCAUCUCGGAGGGCCUCCCCAAACGCCGGAACCGCGGGAACGGGACGCCCUAA